CCCAUCUCUCUCUCUCUUUCUGUUUCUCUUUCUCCCUUCCAAGUUUUUGCUUUUUUCUCGUUUCUCUUUCUGAAAAUGGAGACACCAUCAUCGCCACCUCCACCACCGCGGUUAUUACCGGAGAUGGAGCUCGAUGACAUCAGACCUCUCAAAAUUCUCGGCAAAGGCGCCAUGGGUACGGUGUUUCUUGUGCAUCGUACGGUGUCCGACCCCGAUGCCCGCUUCCCCUUUGCUCUAAAGGUCGUCGACAAGACUGUCUCACAUUCGAAGCGCGACGCUGACCGUCGUGCCCGGUGGGAAAUCCGUGUGUUGACCCGUUUGUCUAACCCGGAACCGCAUCCGUUUCUACCUCACCUCCUUGGUUCUCUCGAGACCGACGACUUUCUCGCCUGGGCUGUUCCUUACUGUUCCGGCGGUGAUCUUAACGUUCUACGCUACCGUCAAAACGACCGUGUUUUCUCCCCUACGGUCAUUCGUUUUUACUUGGCGGAGAUCGUCUGCGCCCUCGAACAUCUCCAUAACAUGGGCAUCGCUUACAGGGAUUUGAAGCCGGAAAACAUCCUCGUACAGCAGUCUGGUCACGUGACUCUAACGGACUUCGACCUUUCACGUAGCUUGGCCAAGCGAACCGUCGCCGCCGCCGCCUCCGCCGCACCGGGCAUUCAAGAAACAGAGCAGACCCGACAACGAAACAAUAACAAAAACCCAAUCGAGAUUCGCCGGAAGCAUCACCGGAACCUCUCCCGAUGGAUCCCCACCGUAUCCGACGCCAAAAAAGGGUUGAGGAAAGCGAAGUCGGCUCGUGUCAGCCCCGUAAGCCGACGCAGACUGAGUUUCUCCAACGGGGAGCGAUCCAACUCGUUCGUUGGCACGGAGGAGUACGUUUCCCCCGAGGUGGUUCGUGGGGACGGACACGAGUUCGCUGUCGAUUGGUGGGCUCUCGGGGUGUUCACGUACGAGAUGCUUUACGGUACGACGCCGUUUAAGGGAAAGAACCGAAAGGAAACGUUUCGAAACGUCGUGAGCAAGGAGCCUCAAUUCAUCGGUAAGCCCACGGCGUUAACGGACCUAAUCGGACGGUUGCUGGAAAAGGACCCCACAAAGAGGCUCGGCUACAACCGUGGCGCAUCCGAGAUCAAGCAACACGUGUUCUUCAAAGGCCUAAAGUGGGACCUCCUAACGGAAGUUUUGCGGCCUCCGUUUAUCCCCAACAGGGAAGAGGGUGAGUUGACGGAGAAAGUAACAGAGUGUGGGCCGGAUAUCAGGGAGUACUUCCAGAGAUUACGUCAACCGCCGUCAGCGCCACCCUCGCGAUUGCCGUCGAUUUCAUCAGACUGCCAGAAAAACGUUUCGUUUGCGGAGUUCUGACCCACGUGUGAGAGUUGACACGUGUUAGGGGUAGUUCAGUAUUUUUCAGUUAGUGAGUUAGUGUACAUACAAAUAAAGGGUAGAAAGGUAGGAGGAGAAAAGUGAAAAGAAUUUGGUAUUUUAAAAGCUGCCAAAUGGGGUUAUAUACGCUGUAAUUUACCGUGACCUGUCUCACGCGCUACGCUUUUGGCGUUUGGGUUCACGCACUUGGUGCCGGUGGAGAUUGCAAUUUGUAAGAAAUUGUGUUGCCUCUUUGCAAAUAAGAAAAAGUUCCAUGUCUUUGUAAUAAAACCUUCACUAUUUAUCU